UGCACAAAAAGUCAAUAAAAUCGCGUGGGAACGCAAUUCCAAACCCUAGUUCUAGAGAGAGAGAGUGUGUAAUAAGAGAGAGAAAGAGAUUCGAGAAAGAGAUUCGAUUCUUCCUUUGUUAUCUCUUUCUCGUUGUUGUUUCCCACUAUCGUUUCGUGGAAGUUGCAGACAAGAGAGAGAAAGAGAGAGCUUGACCUAGAACAAAACCCCUUUUCCAACAAACUUGUUUUUCCAUCUUUCUUCCCAGGUUCCAGCUUCUUUUUGGUCUGUCUUUAUCCUGAAAGCAGCUGAGACUAAAGACUAGAGCUGACUUGACUUGGAUACACAAGGCUUGGCUGUUGGAAGAUGAACUUGUCUACCGAUGAUUGAAAUUUUUAGCCAGUUUCAAUAGUUAUAUAUUGAGGAUUUGCUAUUAAGUCAUAGUAGCUGAAUUUUGAAAGAAGGGUUUUGACUUGUGAGCUUUUAGCGAAGAAUCAUGCCUGUUUCAGGACAUGAAGAGGUGUUUAUUUCUUUCUGAUUUACAGCUAACUACGAUUAGAGAACCAUGCCAAUUUGUUCUAUUUUGGAUAUUGAUUACUUGAUCUUCUAUUCACAGACCGGGGUAAAAUCCCUUGCUGGGCAGUUUAGUGGUUUCAUUGCAGGUGUGCCUAUCAAGAAAAGGAGAUUCCCUUUGAUUCAGCCUUCUUCACCUGUGUCUGAAGAAGAAACUGAGUUACAACGAAAAGAAAAUUCAAGCACUUCUCAAGGAUCUGCCGGUGCACCAAUCAAGAAAAGAAGGUUCCCUUCACUCCAAGCUUCUCCAUCUCCUUCGGAAGAGGCCUCGCCUCCUGAAGAAACUGAUGCCUUGCGAAAGGAAUCACAGGGUUCAACCCUUUCUGCAGGUUCUGCUGGCUUAUCUGAUACUAUUGAAAACCCUGUAUUUGAAGAGAGGAAAGCGAGUUUUGAUGAUACCAAGGCUAAUAUGGAGCAAAAAGCAAAUUCUGAUGAUAACAAGACUGAUGUGGUGGGAAAGACAAUUUCUGAUGAUAACAAGGCUGAUGUGGUGGGAAACAACUCUUGUAUGGUUGUGCCCAAAGUUGAGGAACCAGUCCUUGAAACUCAACCGUGUACUUUGGAUAUCGUGAAUAGUAUAGAGAAGGUGAAAGUGAUACAGAAUGAAGGUGACAACAAAGAAAUGGAAUCCCAAAUGAUUAAGGGGAAUCCUGAACUCCUAUUGGCUGCAAAGGAAGGUCUUCUUGCACUUAGCAUUGGAGCAGAUGUGAGCAAACAGAAUGCCCAAGACUUGUCUAAACAAGAGAGUCAUGUUCCAGAAAGUUCUAGUUUAUCUUUAAGCUUAAAGGAGCACUUAUUUCCAGCUGUUGCAAGUCCAGAAGUUGAAGACAGUCACACAAAAAUUGAGAAAAUUGAGAAAGUAGAACCUGUCUCCUUGGAAUUAUCUUUAAGCAAGGAAGAAUGCAGUCCUCACAGAGUGAAUACUGAUACUAAAACUAGUGGUGAUAUAACAAAGUCCCAUUCUAACCGGGCAAAUUGGGAUCUUAAUACUACAAUGGAUGCCUGGGAAGAAUUUGGGUCUCAUGCCGGUUCAGUUAAAACCUCUAGUGAUGGGAUGAAAAUGAUGGGUACUGCGCUGGGUGAGAAAUUGUUAACAUCUGACAGGAAACCACUAAGAACUGCUGAGUCUUUAAAGAAAAACACAUUGGAAGAGCAGAACAAAGCUUCUCUUUCAUCUCGUAUUCAGAAAAAUGCGGAGGGACCUUCUAGAUUUUCUGUUAAAUUAAAUCCAGGCAGUGUUAGUCCUGCUGUGAGCCUUUCAAAUGUUGUAGCUACUGCUGGCGAUGCAAGUACUUCUAGUUUUAGGUCAGUUCUUUCAUCUUAUCUUCAGAAAAAUGCAGAGGAGCCCUCUAGAUUUCCUGUUAAAUUAAAUCCAGGCAGUGCUAUUCCCGCUGUGAGCCUUUCAAAUGUUGUAGCUACUGUUGGUGAUGCAAGUACUUCUAGUUUUAGGUCAGUAAAGCCAGAACCAUUAGAUAAUGUUGCUAUUAAACAAGAAUUUUUGAUUUCCAAGUCAUCAGAGGUUAGCCAUUUAAAGUUAGUGGAUCCAAUGUUCAUUAAAUCUGAACCUCAAGAAAGGUCCAAGACAGCAGAGAGUAGUACUGAUCAGUUUGGUAAAGAGUUGCCACAAGGGUCAGACAAUUGUUCUUCUACCAUGCCAAUGCCAAUGCCAAUGCCGGUCUUGUUGAAGGUGCCACAAAUUUCUGCAGAUGGAGCUCAUUCUCCUCCUACGGUUCAUCUAGAAACCGUUGUUACACCUAUGGUUGAUAAUGGUACAGUAUUGAGUGAUCCUAGCUCAAAAAUUUCUUCCAUUUUAACUAAAGAUGCUGCUGAUCAUGAGGGUUGCAGAUUGAAACUCAUGAAUGAGCCACCACCUGAUCCACGAGAUAGUGGUGAAAGUUGUGUUAAUGAUGAAGAAAAAAUUACUUUGUCAGAAGAUGAUUCUUAUGAUUCUGAUUUUGAGUCAGAUGACAACCAUGCUAUAACUGUUGGUGCGGAUACUCAACAACAUGUUGAAGAUGAUGAUUAUGAAGACGGUGAGGUCCGAGAACCACUAGAUCCUUCCACAGUGGAGGAGACCAUUUGUGAGGUAAGAGAAGUGGAACAUCCUGAUUCUAGUAAUUAUGAAAAUCAACAGGUGGAGAAAGAAGUAGUGAGUGUCAUUGUUGAUCAUGUAGCGGAAAUUGAUAAUAAGACUGGAAUCCACCGUGAAAUUAAUAGUGUAGAAGAUGGUGUGGACAUUCAUAUGGUUGAGAGGCUUGGUAAUGUGGUAGAUAAAAAUAUGUGUGUUCAAGAGUCAUUUGAUGAUGACAAUUCUAAUAUUGCUUUUGAUGAUGACAAUUCUAAUAUUGCAACGGAUAGGAGAUCAAUUGAUGAAGAUUUGCAAAGAGAACUAUCUGAUGUUUCAGAAAGAAAAAUUUUCUCUGAGGAGACAGAACUACCUUUUGAUCAACCUAAUAUUGGAAGCCAUGGGGUAGAUGUUGUUCAGUGUGCUGAAGAGGUUAUCAAAACAACUGAUACUGUCUUAGAAAAUGAUAUCAAUUUUCCAAAGACGGAAGGAUCUGCAAAUACUGAUGAUGAUUCAGCCAGAGAUUUUAAUAAUGGUGGUAAUCAAGGAAGAAUUAUAGAUCUGUCCCGAGCUGCUAGUUCCUCAUCCCCUAGUAAAACUAGGCCCAUUCCAGGCAGGUCAUUGUCAUCAAGACCUGGAAGAGAUGUGCUGCCUGACACACUUGAUGGUGAAAAAUUUCACAGAGGAAGGGAUGAAGUUUAUGUUGACAGCCCUCACAAGUUUUCAAGAGAAAGACAUCAAGAUAUGUCUGGUAGAAACUCUAGAAUGAAUUUUGUGCGAGGGAGAGGAAGAAUGAAUAGUCGAAUGGAUUCACAUCGGGGUGAAUGGGAUUCUGAUCGUGAAUAUUCUGGUGAGUUUUACAAUGGUCCAACUCAGUACCGUGGGCCCAGGCCAAAGUAUGCAUCUGCUAUGGCUGAUACUGAUAUGGAGUACAAUAAUGCACCUGAUGGUUCAUAUGCUAGUAAUGCUCGGUUAGGAAGAAAGCCCUUGAAUGAUGGCUCAUAUAUUGCACCAAGAAGACGUUCACCAGGAGGAAGAGAUGGCAUCCAAAUGGGUCAUAGGAAUCCGAGACCUAUUAGUCCAAAUAGAUGUAUGGGUGGUGAUGGUUCAGAGUUGGUUGGUGUGAGGCAUAAUGAAAAAUUUAUGAGAGGCUACCCUGAUGAUACUAUGGAUCCUGUGUACUCCCGGCCACAACAAUUUGAGGCAAUGGAGAGUCGGUUUAGUAGAGGUGGUAGGAACUUUUCUUCUAUGCAGAGGAGGGGACCUCCCCAAAUCCGUUCAAAGUCGCCCAUCAGAUCACGGAGUCGCUCACCUCCAUGGUCAUCACCAAGAAGAAGGUCCCCCAGAAGAAGAUCACCAGAAGGUUUUGGUAACCAUCCAGAUUGUAGUCACAGAAGAUCACCUAUGUACAGAGUUGACAGAAUGAGAUCCCCACCAGUUUUUUCUGGGGAGAGAGUGGUGAGGAGGCAUGACUCCCCGUCAUUCAUGUCACGACCUUCAAAUGACAUGAGGGACAUUGAUUCUGCAAGAGAUCACGGACAUCCAAGACCUGGGAUUUCCAAUAGAAGCCCAUCUGGUCGAAUUUUAAUCAGAAACAAUAGGAGAUUUGAUGUUGUAGAUCACAGAGAUCGCGCGGACAACGAUACUGACUACUUUGGGGGGCCAAUGCAUUCUGGUGGCAGGAUGCUUGAGCUCAAUGGUGAAGCAAAUGGUGAGGAGAGGAGGAGGUUUGGUGAGAGACGAGGACCUGUGCGUACUUUUAGGCCUCCUUAUAAUAAUAAUGUUGGAGAGAAUUUUCACAUCAAUGCAGAAGAUGGACCUAGGCAACAUUAUAGAUUCUGUUCAGAUGAUUCAGAUUUUCAUGACAGAGGAAACAACAUGAGGGAGAGGGACUUUGACAGAAGGAUUAAGGGGGGUAGGGGGCCAGCAAAUGUGCCACCUAGAAGAACCAGGAAUAUGGAUGAGCAGGAAGAGAAUUUCAGGCACGGUGGACAGGUCUGGAAUGAUGAUAGUUUUGAUGAUAUUUCAAGAGUGAAGAGGAAAAGAUUUUGAUCUCCCUUUUAUCAGGAAAAGUUUCCUGCUUAGUAGUGGGGAGGUUAUGGAUUUGUAUUGCAGAUUUUCACCUACAGUGUUUUUAGAUUUAGACUAAAAUAAUAUUUGGUCAUCAUCCUUUUGUGGCCUUCCGUUGCACCUUUAGCUUUAACCAUAUGAAAUGGUGAUGCUGUGCUUAUAGCAUGAAGCGAUGUCAGAUUGGACAGGAAGGAACUGUGAAAUGAAACUGGCUACAGUAUGAGA